AUGGCAACGCCAACUACACACAUCAAGUUCAAGACCGCUCUUCUUUUACUUCUCAGUUUUCAUCUUCUUCUUCUUCCUCUUCCCAACAUAGUUCCCUGUUACAACCAUCACUUUCUUAAGCUUGUUCAACCUUUUACUCAUUUUGAUAUAGAUAUUAAAAAAAAAUAUUGGAAAAAAUCUGGUGUGGUUAUAAACACACCAUGCCUUAUGGUGGAUCUAUCCCUGGUUGUGGACGACACAUGGUCAACCUGGGAUCAUUUGAGAGAAGAGAAGAAGAUAGAUGAAGUAGAAGAAAAAUGGGAAGUUGGUGAAGUGGGAAACCAAAGGGAUACUUGCUCGAAUUGUACAUUUUCUAAUCUGAGAUUGAUGCCAGUUAUUACUCCUGGGAGUUGGGAAAAGGGUGAACUUUUGGGUAGUGGUUCGUUUGGAUUUGUAUAUGAAGGAAUUUCUCAAGAUGGAUUCUUUUUUGCUGUAAAACAAGCUUCAUUGCUUGAUCAAGGGAUUCGGGGAAAGCAAAGUGUUUUUCAAUUGGAGCACGAAAUUGCACUUCUGAGUCAGUUUGAACACGAGAAUAUUGUUCGAUACAUUGGCACUGAAAUGGAUGAAUCAAAUCUAUAUAUCUUUAUCGAGUUGGUAACCAAAGGUUCCCUUUUACGCCUCUACCAGAGGUAUAAACUUCGAGAUUCCCAAGUUUCUGCUUAUACGAGACAGAUUCUGCAUGGUUUGAAGUAUCUUCAUGAUCGCAAUAUUGUUCACAGGGAUAUUAAAUGUGCAAAUAUAUUGGUUGAUGCAAAUGGAUCUGUCAAAGUUGCAGAUUUUGGAUUGGCAAAGGUAACUAUAUUGAAUGAUAUUAAAUCAUGCCAUGGAACAGCAUUCUGGAUGGCACCAGAGGUUGUAAAUGGAAAAGUUAACGGUUAUGGACUUCCGGCUGAUAUAUGGAGUCUAGGAUGCACUGUGUUGGAGAUGUUAACUGGGCAAGUUCCAUACUAUUCUUUGGAAUGGGUCAGCGCAAUGUUUAAAAUUGCACAUGGUGAACUACCUCCAGUGCCUGAUACUCUUUCAAGAGAUGCACGUGAUUUCAUCCUGCAGUCUCUUAAAGUUAAUCCAGAUGACCGUCCCACUGCGGCUCAACUCUUAGACGACAAAUUUGUCCAGAUGUCAUUCUCCCAGUCCUCUGGCUCAGCGUCUCAACAUAUUCCGAGAAGAGGUUAUUAAACUUGUCAUCUCCAACUAUAGAACAUAAUUAAGGAGGUGGACAAGGAUGUCCGAUGGAAAAAUAUGUAGCUUGAAAUAAUCUAUCUUGAAAAUAGUCUUGGUUAUGUAGCUACGGUAAUGAAAAAAAGCGAGUAUCAAACCUUUAAUGAGUUCCACCAAAGACAACGUGAUCAUUGCCUAUUCAAGGAAAAUAAGAAUAAUAGAAUGAGUUGAAUUUUAAGGCGCGUAUUGACUUUUUGUUGAAAUAACACUGGUAAGUGUGAACUUAUACAAGACAAUUUGUUGCUGUUCAUAUGAAUUAUCAACUGUAAACCGCCUAACAAAGUGAACCAUCAUAGAAUUUAUAUAUACUUUUUUGAGCAAAUAGUCACUUUGGUCCCUGACUCUGCACCUCGCUGUCACAUAAACUCUGUUCCGAGCUUACAAUUCUAAGGAUGUUUUGAAAGCUUCCUGUUGCAUCGAAUGAUCAGAGUCCUUGAGAAGCAUACAAGAGUCAGUUUACUACACAACGUACACCACUAUCUCUCUAAACUCAAUGAUUUUCCAAAUUGUUUAAUGAAACUUAUUUCUCUUUGAAUCUUCCAACAUGUUUGUCAUAGUAUCACCUAAGAAAAGUGAAAAGCAAAUUCUUCGAAUAUUUGGCAGUAAUAGGCUAAUUAUGAAACAUGACUUGUUAAUGAAGCAUGAUCAGCCAUAACUAUAUCAACAAGCUCAUUACUUAACAUGAAUCACACACCU